AUGAUCAGUGCAGUCAGCAAAUUCAUGCUGGCUAAUUACAAAGAAUGGAAAGAGCAUGUUCUGAUCAUAGAUGCUGAAUGCCAGCACCAGGCUCAAGAAGUUGCCCAUGGUGCUGGGCCAUUCAAUCGACCAGCCACCAAGAAGGCAAACACAGCUGGUUCCUCUUUCAGAUCCUCAGGAUCCAAACCCACUGGCUCAACAAGUUUGAGCAGCAAUACCACUGCUCCCACCAAGACCAUGACUGAAGAGCCAAAAACUCAAGUACCCCUCAAGAGGGCCGAACAGGGUGAGAGAUGCCCCAAGGUAACUGUUGAAGAGGUUCCCAAUGAGGAAGACAACACCUCCUUCCUCCAGAGCCAUGCAGAGCCUCCCAAAGCCAAACCGGUAGUCCUACCGGCCAAGCCUAGAGAAGAGCACCUGGCUCUCCUGUCUGAAGUCUGCAAAGCACUUGUGCAGCCAGGAAACCCAAUGGUUAACAAAUCCAGGUGGAUCAAACCCUGGACAGCUGAGUGGAUCCUACAGUCCAUUCAUGAAGCACUCACCCUUGAGGAGAAAAUAGUGAAACUCAAGGUGUGGACUCAUCCAUGUUGCCAAAUCGAAGUGGACAAAGAGACUACCCUACUCUUUGCCCAGCCCUCCAAAUCCUCCAACUGUCUUGACUUACAGUUGGAAUAG